UCAGCCCCUUUCCCCCUUUACAUCAAAACCUCCAAGGGUCCCCACCGACGCGGUAUAAUCCUUCUUCAGGUGCAUUGCUUGCCCUUGGUCUUCUACCAUGUCGUGGAACGGCUUACCUCCCGAGCUGCGACGCCCGAUCUUGCAAAUCUUUGCAGCCAACAAUAGCUCCAUCGCGGGCUACGCAACCAUCAACAAGGAGUGGCAAAGCGCCAUUGAAGCUGAGACAUUCCGAUCUUUGACCAUCACGCUCGAUUCGAUAUUCGAGUUCACGGAGCACUUCUCAGGACAGGUCCAUCGACAAUGCUCCCUCAAGCAUCUUCGCUUGUCCAUUGGAAUUCCGCCGUUUGAUCCACUCGAUUCUGACUGGAUCGUUACUUCUCAGCCAGUCGGGACCACAGGGGAAUUUUCCAAGGCUGUUUCCCUCCUGUUUGCCUUUCUCGAAGAAUGGGAUGCCCCGGCACUCUUGGAGAAGCCCGAUGGAGGCGUUCGCUUGGAGAUAUGUCUUCCGUUUGGUCCCUCUGACUCAAUGGAUGUCCAAGAAAUACAGCUGCCAUCUGGCUUUACUUACUUCUCGGGCACCAAGGACGGGGGUCGGAUGAGUCGUGGGGGGCUUCCAGUGGUGAAGGUCAUCACUGAGUUCAUUUUUUUCGACUCAAACAGGUGCACUAUUGCUCCGAACACGAUGUUCGACAUCAUCGUGAGCCUACCCAACUUGGCCCGGGUUUACUUUGAGCGCCCAUACAGGACGAGUGCGACGGAUAACCUUAUCGACCAAGACAACCAGAGUGAGCUCGCGCGUCUCCUCCCGAUGUGGCCCGAUUCUAUCAAAAAAAUCGCGAUUGUUCAAAGGGAUAUUGGCCCUCGAUUGAAUGAUCCGGAUCGCCCAGAAUGUGCACGCUUCGCGGCCAUCGUAGCGAGUCACAGCUUCAAGCUUGAGGAACUAGCAGUUUGCCAUUACAUCGAUGCCAGCGAUUUCUUCGAGGAAACCCAGCGCCUUCAAGCUCUCCAGCCACAACCCUGGAACAACCUGCUCUCCCUCGCCUUGACAUUUGACCGCGUUUCAGCGCAUAUACGGCCCCCCUGGAUCGUUGGGGGGAAUCCUCAAGGCCCGGACAGAUUUCUCAAUUCUCUCUUCCACAAAGCCGGCGAGGCUGCCAAACUUAUGCCCGUGCUACGAACGAUGAAUUUGCUGAACUGCAACCAUAUUCUCAACGGUGACUUCAAAUACGAAGCCUCAAAUGGAAAUGCCACAGUUCGUUGGGCCGGCACCUGGCCGAUUCAACUCUCGGACCGCGUCAGGCAGGUUUGGGGGGAGGUCGCGCAACAGAGAAAUUUUCAGCUCCAGAUUCUGUCGGAGAGUAUUGAUGAUUGGAAACCGUGUGAUUCGGUCUUCUAUUCCCUCUCGAACCAAGAUUGACGAGUUAAAAGCCCACUCUGGAACCCCUUCUUUUUGCAGCCUGCAGGCGAUUUGGGACCAGUGAAUCUCACGCUACUGCAAGAUUCAACCUGAAGUAUUGGAGAUACUUUCAUUUGGUGUUCGAGGUGGAAAGGAUUCGGUGGACGACAUGGACUGAGGAAGAUAUUCGUUCCGCUCUCGAGGACCGGCAUAAGCCAUAAGUCCCUGGGCUUGAUGUAUAAGAUAGCGCCUCCUACUAAAAGUUUUUCGCAAUUCAUACCCGACUUGUUCUUGUGAGUCGUGAUGGAAUAAGUUUGCCGGUUUAUUUCUGUAUUG